GAUCCUGAGGCUCGGCGCGCUUCGGGGCAGAAGCCCGGAGACGUCGUCGUCGACGCCGCCACAGCCGGCGCUUCUGCUGCUGCCCGCUGCCCCCAGCCCCUUUCCCUGCCCGCAGCCCCAGUUGGCGCUCCCGCCGAGCCCCGCCGGGCGCUGCAAGGCCCCCGGCGUUGGCAAGGCCGGCCCCGACGCCGCGCCGCCUCGCGCCGAGCCCGACUGUCUGGACUCGCGACUCAACGCUGUCUUCUUUCCCAGGACUGGUUCCGAGGGGGCCGCAGGAGCGAGGACUCAUCCCCCGCCGGAGCGCUCUGGCCUGGGCCGGGAGCGGCUCCUUGUAGACGUUCGAGGAGCCUGCCGAGUGCCGUCCCGGCGCCCGACCGCCCACCGAUCGGCCCGCCGGCCCCGUUUCUUCCUGAUGCAGACUGCCGUCCACUAGAGGCUGGACAGGACCCCCGAGGUGAUUCAUGGCAGGGGACGUGGAAGGAUUCUGUUCCUCCAUUCAUGAUACCAGUGUCUCUGCUGGAUUCAGAGCACUGUAUGAGGAGGGAUUACUUCUUGAUGUCACUCUGGUUAUCGAAGAUCAUCAGUUCCAGGCCCACAAAGCACUCUUGGCCACCCAGAGUGAUUACUUCAGAAUUAUGUUUACCGCAGACAUGAGGGAACGAGAUCAGGACAAAAUUCAUUUGAAAGGUCUAACUGCUACUGGUUUUAGCCACGUCCUUCAAUUUAUGUACUAUGGAACUAUAGAACUAAGUAUGAAUACUGUUCAUGAGAUUCUUCAGGCUGCCAUGUAUGUUCAACUUAUAGAAGUGGUCAAGUUCUGCUGUUCCUUUCUUUUAGCAAAAAUCUGCCUAGAGAACUGUGCAGAAAUUAUGAGACUCUUAGAUGAUUUCGGUGUCAACAUCGAGGGAGUCAGGGAGAAGUUGGACGCCUUUUUGCUAGACAACUUUGUGCCACUCAUGUCCAGGCCUGACUUUCUGUCCUAUCUUAGCUUUGAGAAGCUCAUGUCUUAUUUGGAUAAUGAUCAUCUGAGCAGGUUCCCAGAGAUAGAGCUGUACGAGGCUGUGCAGUCUUGGCUGCGGCAUGAUAGAAGACGCUGGAGACAUACCGAUACCAUCAUUCAGAACAUCAGGUUUUGUUUGAUGACCCCAUCCAGUGUUUUUGAGAAGGUUAGUGCAUUUGAAAGCAAUGGGUAGGACUCAUUUAGUUAAAACAGUAUGUCUUUAGAGAUAAGAUUCCCAGACUUAGGAGCUAAAAACAUAAUUGAUAGUUUAUAAAAGUAGUUUAUGUGUAAUAAGCCUGAUUUGUUGUGCAUUUAGAUUUUUUAAAAUACAUUUUGUGGGUGAAAAAUGAACCAGGUAGGUAGUAGAAUAGUUUUAUUUUUAAAGUACUUUUAAAGUUGAAACAUAAUUAUUUGACGUAAAAUACUG